AUUGACUUAUCCAACUUUGAUUGAACUUAGGUUCUACGUCACACUUAAAAUCACACUGUUUUUUAUUCGUUUCCCAAAUUUUUCAUUAAUUCCUAAAAAUGAGCGUUGUCGAUGAGCUUCCGACCAUUGAGUCCAUAAUCGACAACAUGUUUGCCCGGCUGCGCAUCAUUGCCGUGGACGUGGAGAAGUUGCAGAAGGCGAAGGAGAAGCUGGGCAACAUGCAGCGGCGGAAAACGUUCCGUAACCUUUUAGGCCCGGAUGACGACGCCAGCUUUAUUCGGGGUGGAAGCGGGGCGGAAGGGAUGGACAUCCACUCUAAGUACUCCUUAUUUUCGGCGUAUAACGAUAACUCCGACGGGAUCUCGGAGGAGGAAGUUGAUUUUGAGGAGUUGAGUGAAGAUCUGUGCCAAAUCCCGUUCGAGGAAGAUCGCUGGCACGGCUUCUUCCGAGGCUUCCAGAUCCUGACCACUCCACACGCCCCCGAUCCUAAUGAGAACCGCAAAUGUGUCGAGCUUUCAGCGAUGCCGAAUUGCGAUAACGAGCUUAAGAAAUAUCUACUAAACGGAGUCCGCUGCUUCCUGAUCAAUCUUUUCGUGGGCACCCAGCACGACAACCAGACUCUGAUCGUAAAGCUGCGCGAGGCGGAGAUCAGUGUGUCCAAGGAGUUGGGCUUCCCGGUGGCGUCCUCAAUCAUGGUGAAGAUCUCGCCGCGCCACCAGUUUACCGGCGGUUUUAACACUCAGUUCCGCCUGGAAGGCAAGACGUCCGUCGACCUGGUGCAGGGCCAGAAGAUAAUCCUUACCGUAGAUCGGGAGUUCUCCGACAGGUGCACCUCGGAAGUUGUCUACGUGAAUGCGCGCUUCCUGAUCGUCGACGUGCAGCAAUUCGACUUCAUCCUGAUCGGCGAUGAGAUCCAGCUGAUGGUGCAGAGCGUCCACACGGACCACCUCAAGUGCUGUGUGGCCAGGGGCGGUGCCCUGUACGCCCACAUGCCCGUCCUGUUCCCGGCCAGGUGCCGCCGCUUCCGGAUCUCGUAUGAGGAGCUGGAGGAUCUGACCUUUACCCGAGAGGUGGGUCUCAACGUGGUGGUGUCGCAUAUCGUGGGCACCCCGAAGUACCUGGACGACCUGGAGCAUGCGAUGUCCGUCAUACAGUGCGAUGGAAUGCGGGUGUACGCAAGAGUGGUCCUCAACGAGAUCCUGGGCUGCAAGGGUGAGCUGAACUGGGCCGUUAAGCGCUACGAUGGCUUCUUCGUGGAGCUGGCCAAGCCGGCGGUUGUGCCGGACAUCAUGCACCUGUGUCCCGACGCCGAGUGCUUCAUGCAGCUGGCCUACGCCUCCAAGAAGCCCAUCAUCUUCGAUCCGAGGCUCCUUGACGAGCAGCAGCUCAGGGUGGACCCGGCGCACUAUUACUACACGUUCUACUAUCCCGAUAAGUACCUGGUUUCCUGCCCUCCGUCGAAGAAGAGCUGCUACUUCCGCUACUUGCAAAGCGCGAUCUUCGAGCAGAUCUGCCCGGUGGCGCUGGCCAACAAUCCGUACUGCGACCGCUCGCACACGGGAGCGGACAGCCUAGCCCGCGCCGUGGUCACCGCCUCCUUGGAGGUUCGCGCGGUGGCCAUCGUCGUCAUAGGGGUAACCACCCGGAUGGUGCAGAAGAUCGCCCACUUCCGGCCGCAGGCUCCUAUACUCUUCGUCAGCCACAUGCGCUCCGCCGAGGACUACGUUUCUAUGUACCACAACGUCACCAUGCUCCCGUAUUGCACUGGGAGCCUGAUCGCACACCGAAGAAACGUCUACCGAAAGGCCAUCUAUGCGCUGGCCUAUCUGGUCAAGCUUAAGAUCGCCAAGCACAACGAUCCGGUGAUUCUGGUGUACAACUACGAGGAGGGCACGACAUUUCCCGAAAAGUACCUUAUUUACAACCUGGACAAAACUUUCUUCACCACGCAAAUGGCUGAGAUUUUUUUCGCAGUGGACCCCUCCCAGAAAGGCCAGACCCUUAAGGAUUUCGAGCCAGAAUAGCUCCAGUAUAUGUGUGUAGAUAUUUAUUUGGUUUGGUGAAUAAUCGGAAUGUUGUGUUUUCGCCUACAAUAUACAAAACAAAUACAUACAUAAAUAUAUAGAUACACAUUUCCUACACUGA